AUGCUACGUGCACCAAGUGCAGGAGCGCAUCCUCGUGAGUGGAUGAGGUUGGGGAGUGUGGUUGUCACAGGUACUCAUGAGACUGUCUCGCCUCGCCUGCAUGCUCGGCGCCUCCGAGCCGUGCUACGUGCACCAAGUGCAGGAGCGCAUCCUCGUGAGUGGAUGAGGUUGGGGAGUGUGGUUGUCACAGGUACUCAUGAGACUGUCUCCCCUCGACUGCAUGCUCGGCUCCUCCAAGCCGUGCUACGUGCACCAAGUGCAGGAGCGCAUCCUCGUGAGUGGAUGAGGUUGGGGAGUGUGGUUGUCACAGGUACUCAUGAGACUGUCUCGCCUCGCCUGCAUGCUCGGCUCCUCCAAGCCGUGCUACGUGCACCAAGUGCAGGAGCGCAUCCUCGUGAGUGGAUGAGGUUGGGGAGUGUGGUUGUCACAGGUACUCAUGAGACUGUCUCCCCUCGACUGCAUGCUCGGCUCCUCCAAGCCGUGCUACGUGCACCAAGUGCAGGAGCGCAUCCUCGUGAGUGGAUGAGGUUGGGGAGUGUGGUUGUCACAGGUACUCAUGAGACUGUCUCGCCUCGCCUGCAUGCUCGGCUCCUCCAAGCCGUGCUACGUGCACCAAGUGCAGGAGCGCAUCCUCAUGAGUGGAUGAGGUUGGGGAGUGUGGUUGUCACAGGUACUCAUGAGACUGUCUCCCCUCGACUGCAUGCUCGGCUCCUCCAAGCCGUGCUACGUGCACCAAGUGCAGGAGCGCAUCCUCGUGAGUGGAUGAGGUUGGGGAGUGUGGUUGUCACAGGUACUCAUGAGACUGUCUCGCCUCGCCUGCAUGCUCGGCUCCUCCGAGGCGUGCUACGUGCACCAAGUGCAGGAGCGCAUCCUCGUGAGUGGAUGAGGUUGGGGAGUGUGGUUGUCACAGGUACUCAUGAGACUGUCUCGCCUCGCCUGCAUGCUCGGCUCCUCCGAGCCCUGCUACGUGCACCAAGUGCAGGAGCGCAUCCUCGUGAGUGGAUGAGGUUGGGGAGUGUGGUUGUCACAGGUACUCGUGAGACUGUCUCGCCUCGCCUGCAUGCUCGGCUCCUCCAAGCCGUGCUACGUGCACCAAGUGCAGGAGCGCAUCCUCGUGAGUGGAUGAGGUUGGGGAGUGUGGUUGUCACAGGUACUCAUGAGACUGUCUCGCCUCGUCUGCAUGCUCGGCUCCUCCAAGCCGUGCUACGUGCACCAAGUGCAGGAGCGCAUCCUCGUGAGUGGAUGAGGUUGGGGAGUGUGGUUGUCACAGGUACUCAUGAGACUGUCUCGCCUCGCCUGCAUGCUCGGCUCCUCCAAGCCGUGCUACGUGCACCAAGUGCAGGAGCGCAUCCUCGUGAGUGGAUGAGGUUGGGGAGUGUGGUUGUCACAGGUACUCAUGAGACUGUCUCGCCUCGCCUGCAUGCUCGGCUCCUCCGAGCCAUGCUACGUGCACCAAGUGCAGGAGCGCAUCCUCGUGAGUGGAUGAGGUUGGGGAGUGUGGUUGUCACAGGUACUCAUGAGACUGUCUCGCCUCGCCUGCAUGCUCGGCGCCUCCGAGCCCUGCUACGUGCACCAAGUGCAGGAGCGCAUCCUCGUGAGUGGAUGAGGUUGGGGAGUGUGGUUGUCACAGGUACUCAUGAGACUGUCUCGCCUCGCCUGCAUGCUCGGCUCCUCCGAGCCAUGCUACGUGCACCAAGUGCAGGAGCGCAUCCUCGUGAGUGGAUGAGGUUGGGGAGUGUGGUUGUCACAGGUACUCAUGAGACUGUCUCCCCUCGACUGCAUGCUCGGCUCCUCCAAGCCGUGCUACGUGCACCAAGUGCAGGAGCGCAUCCUCGUGAGUGGAUGAGGUUGGGGAGUGUGGUUGUCACAGGUACUCAUGAGACUGUCUCGCCUCGCCUGCAUGCUCGGCUCCUCCAAGCCGUGCUACGUGCACCAAGUGCAGGAGCGCAUCCUCGUGAGUGGAUGAGGUUGGGGAGUGUGGUUGUCACAGGUACUCAUGAGACUGUCUCCCCUCGACUGCAUGCUCGGCUCCUCCAAGCCGUGCUACGUGCACCAAGUGCAGGAGCGCAUCCUCGUGAGUGGAUGAGGUUGGGGAGUGUGGUUGUCACAGGUACUCAUGAGACUGUCUCGCCUCGCCUGCAUGCUCGGCUCCUCCAAGCCGUGCUACGUGCACCAAGUGCAGGAGCGCAUCCUCAUGAGUGGAUGAGGUUGGGGAGUGUGGUUGUCACAGGUACUCAUGAGACUGUCUCCCCUCGACUGCAUGCUCGGCUCCUCCAAGCCGUGCUACGUGCACCAAGUGCAGGAGCGCAUCCUCGUGAGUGGAUGAGGUUGGGGAGUGUGGUUGUCACAGGUACUCAUGAGACUGUCUCGCCUCGCCUGCAUGCUCGGCUCCUCCGAGGCGUGCUACGUGCACCAAGUGCAGGAGCGCAUCCUCGUGAGUGGAUGAGGUUGGGGAGUGUGGUUGUCACAGGUACUCAUGAGACUGUCUCGCCUCGCCUGCAUGCUCGGCUCCUCCAAGCCGUGCUACGUGCACCAAGUGCAGGAGCGCAUCCUCGUGAGUGGAUGAGGUUGGGGAGUGUGGUUGUCACAGGUACUCAUGAUACUGUCUCGCCUCGCCUGCAUGCUCGGCGCCUCCGAGCCGUGCUACGUGCACCAAGUGCAGGAGCGCAUCCUCGUGAGUGGAUGAGGUUGGGGAGUGUGGUUGUCACAGGUACUCAUGAGACUGUCUCCCCUCGACUGCAUGCUCGGCUCCUCCAAGCCGUGCUACGUGCACCAAGUGCAGGAGCGCAUCCUCGUGAGUGGAUGAGGUUGGGGAGUGUGGUUGUCACAGGUACUCAUGAGACUGUCUCGCCUCGCCUGCAUGCUCGGCUCCUCCAAGCCGUGCUACGUGCACCAAGUGCAGGAGCGCAUCCUCGUGAGUGGAUGAGGUUGGGGAGUGUGGUUGUCACAGGUACUCAUGAGACUGUCUCCCCUCGACUGCAUGCUCGGCUCCUCCAAGCCGUGCUACGUGCACCAAGUGCAGGAGCGCAUCCUCGUGAGUGGAUGAGGUUGGGGAGUGUGGUUGUCACAGGUACUCAUGAGACUGUCUCGCCUCGCCUGCAUGCUCGGCUCCUCCAAGCCGUGCUACGUGCACCAAGUGCAGGAGCGCAUCCUCAUGAGUGGAUGAGGUUGGGGAGUGUGGUUGUCACAGGUACUCAUGAGACUGUCUCCCCUCGACUGCAUGCUCGGCUCCUCCAAGCCGUGCUACGUGCACCAAGUGCAGGAGCGCAUCCUCGUGAGUGGAUGAGGUUGGGGAGUGUGGUUGUCACAGGUACUCAUGAGACUGUCUCGCCUCGCCUGCAUGCUCGGCUCCUCCGAGGCGUGCUACGUGCACCAAGUGCAGGAGCGCAUCCUCGUGAGUGGAUGAGGUUGGGGAGUGUGGUUGUCACAGGUACUCAUGAGACUGUCUCGCCUCGCCUGCAUGCUCGGCUCCUCCGAGCCCUGCUACGUGCACCAAGUGCAGGAGCGCAUCCUCGUGAGUGGAUGAGGUUGGGGAGUGUGGUUGUCACAGGUACUCGUGAGACUGUCUCGCCUCGCCUGCAUGCUCGGCUCCUCCAAGCCGUGCUACGUGCACCAAGUGCAGGAGCGCAUCCUCGUGAGUGGAUGAGGUUGGGGAGUGUGGUUGUCACAGGUACUCAUGAGACUGUCUCGCCUCGUCUGCAUGCUCGGCUCCUCCAAGCCGUGCUACGUGCACCAAGUGCAGGAGCGCAUCCUCGUGAGUGGAUGAGGUUGGGGAGUGUGGUUGUCACAGGUACUCAUGAGACUGUCUCGCCUCGCCUGCAUGCUCGGCUCCUCCAAGCCGUGCUACGUGCACCAAGUGCAGGAGCGCAUCCUCGUGAGUGGAUGAGGUUGGGGAGUGUGGUUGUCACAGGUACUCAUGAGACUGUCUCGCCUCGCCUGCAUGCUCGGCUCCUCCGAGCCAUGCUACGUGCACCAAGUGCAGGAGCGCAUCCUCGUGAGUGGAUGAGGUUGGGGAGUGUGGUUGUCACAGGUACUCAUGAGACUGUCUCGCCUCGCCUGCAUGCUCGGCGCCUCCGAGCCCUGCUACGUGCACCAAGUGCAGGAGCGCAUCCUCGUGAGUGGAUGAGGUUGGGGAGUGUGGUUGUCACAGGUACUCAUGAGACUGUCUCGCCUCGCCUGCAUGCUCGGCUCCUCCGAGCCAUGCUACGUGCACCAAGUGCAGGAGCGCAUCCUCGUGAGUGGAUGAGGUUGGGGAGUGUGGUUGUCACAGGUACUCAUGAGACUGUCUCCCCUCGACUGCAUGCUCGGCUCCUCCAAGCCGUGCUACGUGCACCAAGUGCAGGAGCGCAUCCUCGUGAGUGGAUGAGGUUGGGGAGUGUGGUUGUCACAGGUACUCAUGAGACUGUCUCGCCUCGCCUGCAUGCUCGGCUCCUCCAAGCCGUGCUACGUGCACCAAGUGCAGGAGCGCAUCCUCGUGAGUGGAUGAGGUUGGGGAGUGUGGUUGUCACAGGUACUCAUGAGACUGUCUCGCCUCGUCUGCAUGCUCGGCUCCUCCAAGCCGUGCUACGUGCACCAAGUGCAGGAGCGCAUCCUCGUGAGUGGAUGAGGUUGGGGAGUGUGGUUGUCACAGGUACUCAUGAGACUGUCUCGCCUCGCCUGCAUGCUCGGCUCCUCCAAGCCGUGCUACGUGCACCAAGUGCAGGAGCGCAUCCUCAUGAGUGGAUGAGGUUGGGGAGUGUGGUUGUCACAGGUACUCAUGAGACUGUCUCCCCUCGACUGCAUGCUCGGCUCCUCCAAGCCGUGCUACGUGCACCAAGUGCAGGAGCGCAUCCUCGUGAGUGGAUGAGGUUGGGGAGUGUGGUUGUCACAGGUACUCAUGAGACUGUCUCGCCUCGCCUGCAUGCUCGGCUCCUCCGAGGCGUGCUACGUGCACCAAGUGCAGGAGCGCAUCCUCGUGAGUGGAUGAGGUUGGGGAGUGUGGUUGUCACAGGUACUCAUGAGACUGUCUCGCCUCGCCUGCAUGCUCGGCUCCUCCAAGCCGUGCUACGUGCACCAAGUGCAGGAGCGCAUCCUCGUGAGUGGAUGAGGUUGGGGAGUGUGGUUGUCACAGGUACUCAUGAUACUGUCUCGCCUCGCCUGCAUGCUCGGCGGCUCCGAGCCGUGCUACGUGCACCAAGUGCAGGAGCGCAUCCUCGUGAGUGGAUGAGGUUGGGGAGUGUGGUUGUCACAGGUACUCAUGAGACUGUCUCGCCUCGCCUGCAUGCUCGGCUCCUCCGAGGCCUGCUACGUGCACCAAGUGCAGGAGCGCAUCCUCGUGAGUGGAUGAGGUUGGGGAGUGUGGUUGUCACAGGUACUCAUGAUACUGUCUCGCCUCGCCUGCAUGCUCGGCGCCUCCGAGCCGUGCUACGUGCACCAAGUGCAGGAGCGCAUCCUCGUGAGUGGAUGAGGUUGGGGAGUGUGGUUGUCACAGGUACUCAUGAGACUGUCUCGCCUCGCCUGCAUGCUCGGCUCCUCCGAGGCGUGCUACGUGCACCAAGUGCAGGAGCGCAUCCUCGUGAGUGGAUGAGGUUGGGGAGUGUGGUUGUCACAGGUACUCAUGAGACUGUCUCGCCUCGUCUGCAUGCUCGGCUCCUCCAAGCCGUGCUACGUGCACCAAGUGCAGGAGCGCAUCCUCGUGAGUGGAUGAGGUUGGGGAGUGUGGUUGUCACAGGUACUCAUGAGACUGUCUCCCCUCGACUGCAUGCUCGGCUCCUCCAAGCCGUGCUACGUGCACCAAGUGCAGGAGCGCAUCCUCGUGAGUGGAUGAGGUUGGGGAGUGUGGUUGUCACAGGUACUCAUGAGACUGUCUCGCCUCGCCUGCAUGCUCGGCUCCUCCAAGCCGUGCUACGUGCACCAAGUGCAGGAGCGCAUCCUCGUGAGUGGAUGAGGUUGGGGAGUGUGGUUGUCACAGGUACUCAUGAGACUGUCUCGCCUCGUCUGCAUGCUCGGCUCCUCCAAGCCGUGCUACGUGCACCAAGUGCAGGAGCGCAUCCUCGUGAGUGGAUGAGGUUGGGGAGUGUGGUUGUCACAGGUACUCAUGAUACUGUCUCGCCUCGCCUGCAUGCUCGGCGCCUCCGAGCCGUGCUACGUGCACCAAGUGCAGGAGCGCAUCCUCGUGAGUGGAUGAGGUUGGGGAGUGUGGUUGUCAUAGGUACUCAUGAGACUGUCUCGCCUCGCCUGCAUGCUCGGCUCCUCCGAGGCGUGCUACGUGCACCAAGUGCAGGAGCGCAUCCUCGUGAGUGGAUGAGGUUGGGGAGUGUGGUUGUCACAGGUACUCAUGAGACUGUCUCGCCUCGCCUGCAUGCUCGGCUCCUCCAAGCCGUGCUACGUGCACCAAGUGCAGGAGCGCAUCCUCGUGAGUGGAUGUGGUUGAGGAGUGUGGUUGUCACAGGUACUCAUGAGACUGUCUCGCCUCGCCUGCAUGCUCGGCUCCUCCGAGGUCUGCUACGUGCACCAAGUGCAGGAGUGCAUCCUCGUGAGUGGAUGAGGUUGGGGAGUGUGGUUGUCACAGGUACUCAUGAUACUGUCUCGCCUCGCCUGCAUGCUCGGCGCCUCCGAGCCGUGCUACGUGCACCAAGUGCAGGAGCGCAUCCUCGUGAGUGGAUGAGGUUGGGGAGUGUGGUUGUCACAGGUACUCAUGAGACUGUCUCGCCUCGCCUGCAUGCUCGGCUCCUCCGAGGCGUGCUACGUGCACCAAGUGCAGGAGCGCAUCCUCGUGAGUGGAUGAGGUUGGGGAGUGUGGUUGUCACAGGUACUCAUGAGACUGUCUCGCCUCGCCUGCAUGCUCGGCUCCUCCAAGCCGUGGUACGUGCACCAAGUGCAGGAGCGCAUCCUCGUGAGUGGAUGAGGUUGGGGAGUGUGGUUGUCACAGGUACUCAUGAGACUGUCUCGCCUCGCCUGCAUGCUCGGCUCCUCCGAGCCCUGCUACGUGCAGCCUGUGCAGGAGCGCAUCCUCGUGAGUGGAUGAGGUUGGGGAGUGUGGUUGUCACAGGUACUCAUGAGACUGUCUCGCCUCGCCUGCAUGCUCGGCUCCUCCAAGCCGUGCUACGUGCACCAAGUGCAGGAGCGCAUCCUCGUGAGUGGAUGAGGUUGGGGAGUGUGGUUGUCACAGGUACUCAUGAGACUGUCUCGCCUCGCCUGCAUGCUCGGCUCCUCCGAGCCCUGCUACGUGCAGCCUGUGCAGGAGCGCAUCCUCGUGAGUGGAUGAGGUUGGGGAGUGUGGUUGUCACAGGUACUCAUGAGACUGUCUCGCCUCGCCUGCAUGCUCGGCGCCUCCGAGCCGUGCUACGUGCACCAAGUGCAGGAGCGCAUCCUCGUGAGUGGAUGAGGUUGGGGAGUGUGGUUGUCACAGGUACUCAUGAGACUGUCUCGCCUCGCCUGCAUGCUCGGCUCCUCCGAGGUCUGCUACGUGCACCAAGUGCAGGAGCGCAUCCUCGUGAGUGGAUGAGGUUGGGGGGUGUGGUUGUCACAGGUACUCAUGAGACUGUCUCGCCUCGCCUGCAUGCUCGGCUCCUCCAAGCCGUGCUACGUGCACCAAGUGCAGGAGCGCAUCCUCGUGAGUGGAUGAGGUUGGGGAGUGUGGUUGUCACAGGUACUCAUGAGACUGUCUCGCCUCGCCUGCAUGCUCGGCUCCUCCGAGGUCUGCUACGUGCACCAAGUGCAGGAGUGCAUCCUCGUGAGUGGAUGAGGUUGGGGAGUGUGGUUGUCACAGGUACUCAUGAUACUGUCUCGCCUCGCCUGCAUGCUCGGCGCCUCCGAGCCGUGCUACGUGCACCAAGUGCAGGAGCGCAUCCUCGUGAGUGGAUGAGGUUGGGGAGUGUGGUUGUCACAGGUACUCAUGAGACUGUCUCGCCUCGCCUGCAUGCUCGGCUCCUCCGAGGCGUGCUACGUGCACCAAGUGCAGGAGCGCAUCCUCGUGAGUGGAUGAGGUUGGGGAGUGUGGUUGUCACAGGUACUCAUGAGACUGUCUCGCCUCGCCUGCAUGCUCGGCUCCUCCAAGCCGUGGUACGUGCACCAAGUGCAGGAGCGCAUCCUCGUGAGUGGAUGAGGUUGGGGAGUGUGGUUGUCACAGGUACUCAUGAGACUGUCUCGCCUCGCCUGCAUGCUCGGCUCCUCCGAGCCCUGCUACGUGCAGCCUGUGCAGGAGCGCAUCCUCGUGAGUGGAUGAGGUUGGGGAGUGUGGUUGUCACAGGUACUCAUGAGACUGUCUCGCCUCGCCUGCAUGCUCGGCUCCUCCGAGCCCUGCUACGUGCAGCCUGUGCAGGAGCGCAUCCUCGUGAGUGGAUGAGGUUGGGGAGUGUGGUUGUCACAGGUACUCAUGAGACUGUCUCGCCUCGCCUGCAUGCUCGGCUCCUCCAAGCCGUGCUACGUGCACCAAGUGCAGGAGCGCAUCCUCGUGAGUGGAUGAGGUUGGGGAGUGUGGUUGUCACAGGUACUCAUGAGACUGUCUCGCCUCGCCUGCAUGCUCGGCUCCUCCGAGCCCUGCUACGUGCACCCUGUGCAGGAGCGUGUGCUGGUGAGUGGAGCAGCAUGAGCUGCUUUCACACCUUCAACCUCCUCUGCACCCCUUACGACUGCCUUCUAGUCUCAGUGUGUCCUGGAGAGCCAGAGAAGCGGCCGCUAGAGAACAUACCGCAGACACGCGCGUGCCACGCCACGGGCGUGGGGCUCACCACCAACCUGCCGCCGCUGCCGCUGCCGCCGCCCUCCCACCAUGACGGGUGGGAUGGCGCUCAACACGCUCCACCACAUGCCUCUCAUGGGGCUGUGGGUGCUGCUGCUGCUGCUGCUGCUGCCGCUGAUUCUGCUGCUGGCAUGGGUGGAGGGCCAGCAACAGCAGGGUGGGGAGGGCGAGAGAGGGGAGGGCGGGGUGAGCAGCGGGGAGGGGAGCAGGGAGCAGGGGGAGCAGUGGAUGGGGACUCCUAUUAUCUGGAGGAGGAGCACUCCUGA